ACUCGUCACUGCUGCAGUGUCUCAGUGCUUCAGUCUCUGACCUUCUACUGGGACCAUGCAAGCGUUUGUUCCCAGGCUGUAUCUCACCCCAGUCCGUGAUGAAGAGGCAGAGUCUCAGAGGAAAGCGAAAUCUCGUCACGCCAGACAGACCCGCAGGUCAACACAGGGUGUGACGCUAACAGAGUUAAAAGAGGCUCAGAAGACCAGCAGCUUGUCUCCUCCAGACAGACAGCCAGAGGAUGGAGACUCUCUGGAUGACAGGUCUUGUCUCAGGAAAGGUGUGACAGAUGACAGGAGAGUCAAAAUAAGCCUGACAGAAUCUGUGGAACCAACGAUGAAUAGCUCCAAAUUUUGCAUAAUCGACAAGCAGGGGAACACUGAACCCAGGUUAGAAACAGUUUUUGAGUGUCCAAGCUUUUCACAUUCAUCUACUAUUGGAUCGUGUGUUCUUCCAUACUCUUCCAAUAUCAACAAUGACUCCUUCAUAGCUGGUGAGCGAUGGUGGAAGGAUGAAAAUCAGAACCCUAUUGAAGACCCGGCACACCUGACCUGUGUAACAAAACAGCAACUGAGACGACACUAUUGUGAUGAUGAAGAGUCAGAUCACAGUGGUGCAGAGCUUGUGAAAACGCUGACCCUGAACCUCAUCACAAAUCCUUAG